UCAACAAUCUAUAACUGAUCAGUUCAUAAGUGUGACUGAGGAUAAAAUAAAGGUACUGAUAUUUAUAUGAAAAUGUGGAUCGCCCGUUAAGACCCUUGAUGUUGUGUUAAGUGUUUUGAUUAACUCGUUAGGAUGACGAAUAGUAUCGUCGGUCGUUUGGCUGCCGUUAGGUUUCGCUACAAAUUACUUUUGGCGGCUAUUUCCAGCGGCAGUUUUCUGAUGCUAAUUUUAAAUAACAGUACUGACAUAUUUGGGGAUGAACGAGAGGUCAGCACUAUUUGGUACUCUACCCAUCGAUAUGAUCCAUUCGAUUCUGGCGCGGGAUUUACCAUUAAAACUGAAGGCUGUACCAUUCCAGACUUACAUCCAUUCGACGAAAGUAUACGAAAAUUUAUCGAAUAUCCAACACAUUUAAAACCUUGCAAAAAUAAAGACAUAUCAUUGUUAAAAAAUAACGAAACACAUAUUUGGUUAGCGCCUGAAAAUAUUGAGUACCCCUCUGUUACUAAUAUAACGUGCUGUUAUAAAGCGUUCUAUAGGCCUUUAUCUAUAAGCGACAUAUCAUCCGCUGACAUAGACGACAGGGUAAAAUAUGACGAAUGCGUUUACUUCUACGAUUACAUCGAAGUCACCAAUGAAUUUGUUAAAGUAUCCUGUACCAGCCAUGACAAAGUUAUAUCAUAUGAACAGUUUUAUGUAUUUGCGAUGAAGAAACCUUUUUUAUCGUACAAGGAAGAUUCAACCGAAGCACCUAUUAAUCAAUCAGGAUACAACGUGUUGGUGAUGGGCAUAGAUGCGAUUUCUCGAUUAAAUUUCUACAGAACAAUGCCUAAAACUUUAUCGUAUUUGAAAAAGAAAGGUGCUAUAGAAUUAUUCGGUUACAAUAAAGUUGGAGACAAUACAUUUCCUAAUCUAAUACCGAUACUUCUCGGUAUACGAGACACAGACCUAAAGAGAACAUGCUGGCCUAACGUAAGAGCUACAUUUGACAAUUGCCCUUUUAUAUGGGACUGGUUUAAAGAGGCUGGAUACUUCACCGCACUCGGCGAAGACAGCGCCAGCUUAGGAACAUUUAACUUUGAAAAACUGGGGUUUAGUGGCACGCCCACCGAUUAUUAUAUACGUACUUUUGUACACGAGGCGGAGCUACGCGUUGGAAAUAAUAAGGAUUUUAACUCAUUUAUAUGCAUGGGAAAUAAAUAUUUUUACCAAGUUUUACUCGACUAUAUAGAAGAUUUAACGAAAACUUUGAAAUCAUCAAAAUUAUUUGGGUUCUUUUGGGAAGUGACUAUGAGUCACGAUUAUUUAAAUUACCCCGUUAUAAUGGACGAGAGUUACGAAACAUUCUUAAAGCAUUUAGACAUAUCAAAAUAUUUAGAAGACACAAUUUUAAUUUUACUAAGCGACCACGGCAUACGCUGGGGUGACAUCAGGCUCACUAAGCAGGGCCGGCUCGAGGAAAGGUUACCGCUCGUUCACAUUCUAUUGCCGACCUCCUUCCGCGACAACUACGCCUUGGCUUACGAUAAUUUGAAAUUAAACAGCAGGCGUCUCACCACACCUUUUGACUUAUACGCAACCCUAUCGGAUCUCGUUAACAUGGAUAGUAUCAAAAACGAUAAAGUAAGACACCGUAGUUCGUCGCACUACGCUCAGGACCGAAGUAUUAGUUUAUUUCUGCCAAUUCCAAGAAAUCGAACAUGCUCCGUCGCUGGAAUCGACGAUCACUGGUGCACGUGUCUCACAGGAAGGAGGAUAUCGACUACGAGCAAGGAGGCAUCCGCGGCGGGCGCGGUCUUGGUCCGGCAACUGAAUGUGAUGCUGCGUCCCCACCGGCAGUGCCAGCGUCUGCUGCUCGCUAAGAUAUUAGAAGUAACAGAGAUGGAAGUGGGGAAGCCAGAAGACUACGAAGUGGGGUGGCGAGAGUUCAUAGUGACAGUGCGCACGGCGCCUGGGGACGGUCUGUUUGAGGCGACGGUGCGUCGGCGCAGCGGCGGCUGGUUGCUGGCAGGCACCGUCAGCAGGCUCAACCUGUAUGGCGAUCAGAGCUACUGCGUGCACGACGCGCACCUCAAGUUAUAUUGCUUCUGUAGAUAAUCGUCUAUUAGUGUUACAAAGUUAAAAAUCUGUGAUAUUGUUACACGCUGUUUAUGUAUAGCAAGAGUACGUAGAUAUAGUUGAAGUAGGGGUUGUUGUUUACAGCAGUAUUACUUAUUUAUUUGUUCAAAAUUUAUAUUUUAGUCCUUCUGUUUUAUUGUAUUGUAAUCACAGUAAAAUUGUUAUUUAGUUUUUAGACUAUGUUAGGCAAAAAUAAGUACACUGUAAUCUUUUGGGCAUAUCAUUUAGAUA